AUGUCUAUCUUGAUGCUUGGCGAGAGCUCUGUCCUGGAUGGCAACAUCGACAGGGGCCGCGAGUACACGAAGGAAGCUUCCGAGCUUUUCAGCAGCAUCAACGACAUGGAGGGGGUGGACAAGGCGCAGAAGACGCUUGAGCAAAUCGAUGAGAUCGCUGCUUCCCAGGGAGCUCAUGUGCCGACGGCAACAAAGACACCGUCUCAGGAGGCUAGUGGGCCCUCGGUGGUUGUGGCGGCCAAGGAGCCGCGGAUGUCGGUGGAAAAGGCCCGAUCAUUGGCGCUCAACGUCGCUGCGGAG